UCCUGUCCCGGCGGGAAAGCGCAGCGGCGGUGUCUGCCUGUGCGCCGCAACUGGGUCAAAGGACAACAAGAUGGCGGCGUCCUGCGGUGCGCUCUGGGCGGCGGCGCUGCUGCAGUGAGAAGCCCAGAGGCUGUGUGCGGGGAGCGCUGCCGCGAUGCCCAAAUACUAUGAGGAGAAGGAGGAGGACGGGCGGGCCUGUGCCGGGGUGCGGGAGGACCUGAGACAGUGUCUGCUCGAGACCUCCUGCGUCACACAGGAAGGAAAAAGCCCCAGACAAUGCUUGAAGGAAGGACACUGCAGAAGUUUGCAGGUUUCUUUUUUUGAGUGCAAAAGGUCAAUGUUGGAUGGCAGAGCAAGAUUCAGAGGAAGGAAGGGAUACUGAAGCCUUUCUGAAGAGAGCCAAGCAUGGGGAAUUGUGGGUGUAUUAGUGCUUUAAGCAAAACACAAAGACUAAAAUAAGAAGAGUAUGUCUGCUGCAUCCUCCCAGUCAUGAAGUAUUCUCAUGGAAAAUACCUGCUUUCAAGAACUCUGAUCAAUUGAGGCUGGCAUGCACCUAAAAUACUAAAAAGAAAACGAACAUUAAGCUGGCAGUUUGGAGUGAUAUGAAACGCCCUAAUGCAUUUUAAAUAAACUAUGCAAAAUCCAAAGUAAGCUGUAGCAAUCUUUAGCUGAGUCAAUUUGUUUUGAAAUUGAGAUUUCCUUUCAGUUUUUAGGUUUGUAGUUUUAUUUAUCUAAAAUCAUAAAACAUUGUCAGAAUGAAAUACUAUAAAAUGAUUGAAAUUGGUAGGCCGCUUGAGUAGUGUUCUGCAGUAUCAUUCAGGAAACCUAAGAUAGGUCUCUUGUUUCCCAGGUUGGCAGGGCCAACAUACACUGAAUGUACAGUUAGCCUCUGGGGAAGAGAGUGGCUUAUGUUGCUCAAUCGUGAGUUCCAGUUAGAGUGCAGUUGGUACCUGUCCAGUCCCCAAGAACUGUGACAGCAUCUCUUCAUCCCUCACAGAAUUCCCUUUUUAAUAUGAUGGUUGGUGUAAAUUCAUUCAUACAUUGUAGACUUCAUUACUGAAGAGCUAAAUUAAAGUUAAAAUAUGUCUGUCUGAAAGUGAUUGUUCUUUUCGAAAAACAACUUUUAAGAGAAAUAUAGUUCAUCUGACCAGUACUAGUGUAUAGCUGAAGUCUUGCGUAUGAGGAGUAAGGGUAAUUAAAUGUCAUGUUUUUCACCCAGACAUGCAGCUGAAGAGAUAUCGGUUGUCAUUUGUAUCAUAGUGUGCCGACAACAGCCUCUAGAUUCCUUUGAGGUUAUGCUGGACUUCCCCCUUACUACCCAAACAAAUAUACUUUACACACUUGACCACAAUUCAAAAUCACAUUUUUUCUUAACUUAUUAAACAUUCAUUAUGUAUCACAAACUUUACAAUUUUUUGUUUUUUUGUCUUAUUCCUGCAUUCUUAUUCCUUUCUGUACUCUAAAAUGUAUAUAUGGGUGUAUAAUUUUCAAAUUGCCAUGCACAUUCAUUUAAAUUAUGACUGGUUUUCUAUGGUAAACUUGUUUUUUAAACUCUUAGCAUUUCCAUAUGUUCCAUUUGUACUACUUAAUUCACAAGUUUGUAUAAUUGCAUAAGUAAGUCAUAAUGUAGUUCAACUGGAAGACUAAACUGUAAAUGGAGAAAAAGAAAAAAUGUCAGUUUUUUUUGUUUUUUGAAAUCAAGGAUGUCUCCUCCCAGUGCCAAAUCUGUCUGUAACAUGUAAGUAUUGGAGGAUGUUCUUUAUGAUAUAUGCUGCCUAGAGUUAAGCAUUUCACAGGUCCAAAAAUAAUUGGUCAGUUGGCUUGUCAUAUAUUUUAAAGCACUAUUUUAUUAGAAUGGGAACAACAGUAACAAAAGAGAGGAAGACUUUGUUUCUAAUAGGCUUAGCUCAGAUACUUACUCCUAAUUACAAAAAAAAUUACUUAACUGAGUUAUUUCAUCUUAGAACAAUGCAAGACACAAUGAAACCAAGUUCUAAAAAAUGAAAGAAUGGCACCAUAAUGCAAUCAAAAAUGUAGGCAACCACCUACAUCACUUUUUUUCUUGCUGGAACAUGUGACAGUACAGUAACUCCUCACUUAACGUUGUCCCAGUUAACUUUGUUUUGUUGUUACAUCACUGAUCUAUUAGAGAACAUACUCAUUUAAAGUUGUGCAAUGUUCACUUAUAACAUUGUUUGUCUGCCACCUGCUAGUACAGUACUUUGUCUACUACCUGCAGGAUUCUUUGGAAGAGCAGCCCCUCGGAGCUAGUGGGUGGGAGCUUGGAAUCAGGGUUGGCCGGCAGCCCCCCUAUCAGCUCCCUUCCACCACCAUCACCAUCACCAUCACCACGCAGCCUGACAGUGGGCCCCCGCAGAUCAGCGAAUCCCCACUCCCUCACUGCGCCUCCCACCCACAGCAAUCAGCUGUGUUGCAGUGUUCAGGAGGCUUAGGAGGAGGAAUGAGGAUGCGGUGCGCAGCCUCCCUGUGCCUCCUGUACCCAGCAAUUAGCUGUUUCGCAGCAUUCAAGAGGGUGGGGAGGAGCGAGGACGCAGUGUGCUCAGGGGGAGGGAGUUGAGCAGGGGUGGGAUGGGUCCUUUGGCGAAGGGGUGGAGUGGGGGCAGGCCAGGGGCAGAGCUGUGGGUUGAGCAGCCUCCAGCACUUUAGAAAGAACAGCAAGAGGAGCAGCCAAACAAUCCACCCUCUUUCACCUUCUGACUCCACCACCUCAACCAAGCUUCACAAACAUCAUUGCUGAUUACAGGAUUAAACUGUUUAAAACUUAUACCUAUAUUACAUUGUUUAAAAUGGUUUAAAACUUAUACUGUAUAUGUAUACAAUGUCUUUUGUCUGGCAAAAAAAAUUCCCUGGAGCCUAAAUCCCCCCUCUCCCCAUUUACAUUCAUUCUUAUGGGGAAAUUGGAUUCACUUAACAUUGUUUUGCUUAAAGUUGCAUUUUUCAAGAAUGUAACUACAGCGUUAAGCUAGGAGUUACUGUAUUUGAGUGUGAUCAAAUAAUAGGUGGUCAACUGGCAUUUUUUUGACCAGUUUAUCAAGCCUAAUAUUGCCACUCAGUUUUCUUAUAAGAACGGCCAUACUGGGUCAGACCAAAGGUCCAUCCAGCCCAGUAUCCUGUCUACUGACAGUGACCAAUGCCAGGUGCCCCAGAGGGAGUGAACCUAACAGGUAAUGAUCUAGUGAUCUCUCCUGCCAUCCAUCUCCACCUUCUGACAAACAGAGGUUAGGGACACCAUUCCUUACCCAUCCUGGCUAAUAGCCAUUAAUGGACUUCCAUGAAUUUAUCCAGUUCUCUUUUAAACCCUGUUAUAGUCCUAGCCUUCAUACCCUCCUCAGGCAAGGAGUUCCACAGGUUGACUGUGUGCUGAGUGAAGAAGAACUUCCUUGUAUUUGUUUUAAACCUGCUACCCAUUAAUUUCAUUUGGUGGCCCCUAGUUCUUAUGUUAUGGGAACAAGUAAAUAACUUUUCCUUAUUCACUUUCUCCACAUCACUCAUGAUUUUAAAUACCUCUAUCAUAGCCCCCCUUAGUCUCCUCUUUUCCAAGCUGAAAAGUCCUAGCCUCUUUAAUCUCUCCUCAUAUGGGACCCGUUCCAAACCCCGAAUCAUUUUAGUUGCCCUUUUCUGAACCUUUUCUAAUGCCAGUAUAUCUUUUUUGAGAUGAGGGGACCACAUCUGUAUGCAGUAUUCAAGAUGUGGAUGUACCAUGGAUUUCUAUAAGGGCAAUAAGAUAUUCUCCGUCUUAUUCUCUAUCCCUUUUUUAAUUAUUCCUAACAUCCUGUUUGCUUUUUUUACUGCCGCUGCACACUGUGUGGACGUCUUCAGAGAGCUAUCCAUGAUGACUCCAAGAUCUUUCUCCUGAUUAGUUGUAGCUAAACUAGCCCCCAUCAUAUUGGAAAAAAUAAUCCCAAUUAUACAUACAAUGUGCAUUACUUUACGUUUAUCCACAUUAAAUUACAUUUGCCAUUUUGUUGCCCAAUCACUUAUAUCUAUUCAUGAGAGUGGGAUUCCUUUACUUCUGUUCUUCAUGUAGUAUGGCUCCAGGGGGACCAAACCAGGCAAUUUGCCACUUUAUGUACCCUUUUAUCUAAGCCAUGGUCCUUCUUGGUAACAAAACAAGAUUUAUACCAGUAGUUCAACAAAGUGAGGCACUCACAAAACAUACUGUAAGCAAAACUUAGGGUUACCCAAGAACUAAUUUCUGAAAAAGGCUUCUUAAUACUCAACUCUGUAUUUAAUAAGAAAACUUAACAGUUUCUCAGAGCUCUUUCAAGGGCAUGUACUUUAAAAACAAACAUAAAAUCCCCUCCAAACUGCAUUGGUUCCCUAACAAAGACAUCUUUCCUGUGAAUAGUUGUACCUUACAACCAGCGCACCUUUGUACCCAAAAUAUAGAGAGGCAUCAUGGGGAAAUACUGUGACAACUCUUCAUAUUCCUUUUAUGGAAGAUUAACGUUGCAGAGAUCAGUUUUAUCACAUUUUGUCUUUCACCAAGUCGAUCUGAGCAUAAAAAGAAAUGUGUCUAAAUACACGAUAAAACAGGCAAGGAGAUUCAUGAAAUUUUAAAAAGUACUAGCCCAAAAAUUGCUUGGUGUAUGCAAUAUUCAGUUAAAUUAGCUAUAUACCUUUAGAUAGUUAUUUUCAGCUAAUGUUAAAGCAGUUUAAAAGUAGCUGCUUUAUAUGGGGGCAAUUUUUUCUUUUGGAGCCCUUUAAAAGCUAAAUAGCCUCAAAAAUGAUAAUUUAACUCUUAAAAUGGGGGAAAUCAAAGUAAUUUUAGCCAGCCUGAUUAGUAAACUAGAACUUAAAUCAGGAAAUGAGUGUAAGGAUAAAGAUAACUACCAGUUUUUGCCUACCUCCUCUGAUGGAUAAUUAAUACAUACACUGCUAACUGGAAGGCCAGCCCCAAGAAUGGCCAGAUGUUUUUAAUGAUAAACAAUGUCUUUUCAAGCAUUUGAUAGUUUUUGAAAUAGAUAAAAUUUGGUAGUUUUGUGCAAGAACUUUAAACAGUUUUUCUUAUGGAGUUUUCCUCUAUGUUUAGAUGGAUAGUGUCUAUCUUGUAUUACUCCUGAAGGAAUUUGGUGCCAAAAAAAAUAAAAAUUCUGUGCAUGAUA